UAUGUACAGUGUGGGCUCUGACUUUAUCUCAGACACUGUAGUCUAUAUAUCUGCAUGGGCAAACAGGGCUAAAGCUGGAUUUGCCAUAAUGACCAAUAAAAAGACAGACAGACAGCAGAACAGAAGGGUCAGAGCCGGUGUUUUGCCCCACCGGCCAAAUAGGCUAGUGAGCGUCGGACUGCCCGUGAGAAGGCGGCUAAUCGGAUUAGACUCCAGCACUGGACCCGAGGAAUAGCGGAAUGACUUUACUUUCUCCACAAACAGCCUUAUAAGAUGCCGCUUUUUAUUAACAGAGACCAGAUUUUUGCUCAUCAAGUGCACCUUCUAGAGCACAAACUUCGGAGUAAAGAGGAGCGGAUACUGGAGCUGGAGACAGAAAACGCUCUUCUUCACCUGAGACUUGCUGAGUGCAUGGGGAAACUUCGGCGGGAUCAAGAGGAGGAAAUAUCAGCAAAAAGGCGCUGUCAACACCAGGGAAAUGUGCAAAAACGGACUCGCACUGCCCUUGCCGUACUCCUCUUGGAAGUGCAGACUCUGAAACAGGAUUUGCGAGAUGUUUUUGCUGUAUACGUGAGCUUUGCCACAGAACUGGAGAAGCAGAGCAAGCAGCUGUUGGAGCAAGUGUCUAGCACAGCUGUCCAGGUUUACCAGAGUGAUGACAUCCAGAAGCUCCACACUCAGGUGGCUGUUCUGGAGCGCUGCCUACAGGAGGAGAAGGAGAGGUGCAGAACAGAAAGGAUGAGGAGGAGGCUGCUACACAAUACGCUGGUUGAGUUGAGGGGUAAUAUCAGAGUGCACUGCAGGGUACGCCCCAUCCUGCCUUUUGACUACAGUCAAGGUCAAUCAACUAACGGGUCCUCAUCAUCAGAGGUGGUGGUGCAGGCUUUCAGUGAUGAUUCUGUUCUUGUGAACUGCGCCAAACCUGGGAGUCCAGUGGUGAACAAAAUGUUUGAGUUUGAGAGAGUUCAUGGUCCCGAGGACACCCAGGAUGUUGUGUUUGAAGAGGUGAAACCCCUUUUAACCUCUCUCUUGGAUGGGUAUAAUGUGUGCAUCAUGGCCUAUGGGCAGACAGGCAGUGGAAAGACAUAUACGAUGAUUGGAUCCCAACCUGAGGACCUUACAGUCCCUGUACACGACUCAGAGCAGGGCAUCAUCCCCAAAGCAGCAAAUGAGUUAUUCAAGUUGAUCUCAGAGAAGCCUGCAGAGAGUCACACAGUGGAGAUGUCUGUAGUGGAGGUUUAUAAUAAUGAGCUGCUAGACCUCUUGGCCAAAGAUGAGGAGGGAGCCACAGUGGGGGUGAAAAGAGAAGUCAUCACAACCAGCACAGGCACCAGUGAAGUGCCCUGUCUUACACACGAGUCGGUUGAAAGCUGUGCGGAGGUGAUGCAGUUGAUCAGUGCAGUGUUGAGGUUGAGGGCUCACAGCCCCACACUGGUGCACAGAGACUCCUCAAGAUCCCACCUCAUUGUCACCCUCACCGUCACCUCCAAAAGCCCCAAUGCUCUGGCACUGGCUCGCAGGUUGCAGAGUGGGAGACAGAAUGUCCACCGUGGCUCUCAGAAGGAGUGGUGGAGUCCACGCUGCCGCAGGGCCGCCUCCUCCCGUCCCUCUAGCCCUGCGUCCUCCCCAUACCACUCACCCUGCCAAUCACCAUGCCCCUCCCCUCGGCCCAGCAUUUCCCAGACGCCCAUCAGAACAAAGCUGCAGCUGGUUGACCUGGCUGGCAGCGAGUGUGUGGGCAUGUCAGGGGUGAGUGGUGCAGCUCUGUGGGAGAACUCCUGUAUAAACCGCAGUCUCUCUGCUUUAUCUGAUGUGCUGGGAGCUCUGGCAGAGCAGAGGCCACAUGUUCCCUACCGCAACAGCAAACUCACCCACCUUCUGCAGGACUCGAUAGGAGGGGACGCUAAGCUGCUGGUGAUGCUGUGUGUGUCUCCCACUCAGCGCUUUCUGACUGAGUCUCUGCAGUCUCUGGGCUUUGGCUCCAGAGCCCGACAGAUCCAGAGAGACCCGCCACGCAGGAAAAACACUGGAAUAAAGAUGAAGUAAACCAGCAGAGAGAUCAGUGAAAGAGGCCACACCAUAAAAUCUGACAGAAAGGAAGGGUUUUACAGCUUAAGUGACUGGCCUGUGUGUGAGUUUUCGUGAUAGGAGUUCUGGUCAUGAGACUACAGAGUGAUGGAUCACAUGCUGAACACAAGACAUUGCAUCUUGUUAACUGUGAUGGUGUAAAACAUUAACUGAAGAGUGAAUAGUGUUGCAUGUAAGUCCUGUAUGCGUGGUGUGUUUUUAGUGUGAUGAUUUCAAGCUGAAUACUGCGUACUUGAACCAACAUGUUACACCUGCUUAUAAUUGAGUUUGGGUGCAGCAGAUGGUGCUUUUGGUGCUUGUCUGACUGGCUUGUGUAACAGUGAGAGGCCAGAUUACACCAGAAUACACCAGAAUGCGCAUCUUUAUUCAACAAGAUGUUUACAGUUCAUGCCUAAUCUUGGGAAGAUAUAGACCCUGAAGUCACCAGUCUUUUCACUGAAAUUCAUUGC